AUGGCCAAGGAACCUGCUGCUGAGAUUAUUGUCGGCCGUGGUCACACCAGUGCCACGAGCUAUGCUACUAUUGCCCUCGCUGGUCUUGGUGGCUUCAUUUACGGAUAUGCUGCCAAUAUCCUGACGGGAACUUUGGCGCAGCCGACCUUCUUGGCGAAGUUCCUGUCCACACCAGAUGAUGCCGUUGAGCGCACCAAUGGCAUGGUCGGAGGUUUCUUCGGCGGUGCCCUCCUGGGUGUCAUCAUACAAGCUCCCAUUGCCAACCGAUAUGGCCGCCGUGCCGCCAAUGGCGUAGCCGCAAUCCUCCUCAUCUUCUCCAGUGCUCUGUCCGCUGGCUCUCACAAUAUCGCCAUGUUCCUCGCUGGCCGCGCCAUCUCAGGCUUCGGCGCGGCCAUGUGCUUCGCCAACACGCCGACGUACACUGCCGAGCUGGCAACGCCACACAACCGAGGCAUGCUUGUCGGUUCGCAGGGUCUCUGCGUCGUGGGCUCGUACAUCGUGUCUGCGCUUCUGGGUUUCGCCUUCUACUUCGUCGAUGCU